AUGGGAAUCCUUCGUGUUCAUGAUCUCACAAGCCCGCCAUAUAUUUCAACUGAUCCAUCAUUGAAUGUGCACAAAAUCUCAGAUUCAGACCAAUUUGUUAUAGUUGGGAGUGAUGGUUUAUUUGAUUUCUUCAGUAAUGAUGAAGCAGUACAGCUUGUAGAGUCUUAUAUCUUGAGAAAUCCAUUUGGUGAUCCAGCAAAAUUUCUUAUCGAGCAAUUAGUUGCAAGAGCAGCUGAUUCUGCAGGCUUCAGCAUGGAAGAGUUGAUGAAUGUUCCUGAUGGGAGGAGAAGGAAGUACCAUGAUGACGUGACCGUAAUUGUGAUCAUCCUUGGCAUGAAUCAGCGGACUUCAAAAGCAUCAAUUUGCACCUAG